ACCUUGGACACGCUGUUUGCCGAAUAUGCGCAGUACAUGGCGCCUGCGACGCCUGUGGCCGUCCGGGCGGCGUUGGACGUUCGGCACGCCUCCGUGGACGAAGGGGCGGUUGUAGUGCGCCUGCUGGCAGACCUACGACUGGUUAGUACAACUUGUCUAAAUGGACAAGCUGUUAGCAUGCGCAGUACAUGGCAUCUCCGACGCCUGUGGCCGUCCGGGCGGCGAUGGACGUCCGCCACGCCUCCGUGGACGAAGGGGCGGUUGUAGUGCGCCUGCUGGCAGACCUACGGCUGAGCUGGCAAGAUCCGCGGCUAGCAUGGAACGAGACCGAGUUGGAGUGCAAGUCCGUCUUGGUGCCGGCCGAGCGUCUUUGGCGCCCAGACGUAGAACUGCUUAAUGGAGCGGCGGGCGGGGGCGCUGACGGCUCGGUGCGCGCAAGGCUCACUUCAGACUCUAAGGUGCUAUGGAUUCAGCGUCUCAACGUGGCUGUACCGCUAGCAAUUGAUUUGAUAGAUUGGCCGAGAGACCAGCAAUCCGCUGUCUUCACUUUCGGCUCAAGAGAACAUACGGCGGAAGAAAUUGCUUUGGGCAUAGAUGAUUUUAGGUACGCAACAGUGUGGGAGUCUGGUACUUGGAUGAUCGAAGCCGUGGUCGCCGAAAAAGCCGCCCUGGGCUCGAAGCCUGUGAUCUCCUGGAACGUCGUUCUUCGACGGCGCGCGGCAGCCCACGCUCUAGCCAGUGGAGCCGUGCUGAUGGCGGCUGCUUUGGUGCUGCUUACGGCCGUGGUUCUGCCGCCGCAGCAGAGACAUUCGCUGUGUGCCUGCGCAGCAUUUACUGCUGCGCUUUGGUUGACCUCAGCGCUGCUACGCUUUCCAGGCUCGGCCACAUGUCCGCGUACACUGUUGUGCAUGGCGGGCGUGCUGGGCGCAGCUGGUGCGUGCUGUGCUGUCGCCGCAAUGUUGGCGCGACUGGCGCGGGUGCAGCGCCCGCCACCGCCACAGCUGCGCGCGCUGCUGAGCAAAGCGCCCGCGUGGAUUGUCGCCACUUCACCGCAAGACGGCGACAGCACUUCCGCGUCCUGGGCGGCAGCAGCGCAGCUCCUCGACAACGUGCUGCGCGCAGCGCUCGCGCUGACAUUGCUCAUUCUUGUUUGCGUUGCGCUAUAGCACAGUCACAAGUACACCAUGACGAUUACGACUAAGUAUUUUCUAACAGUUAUAGGCUGUGGACGCUCGUUUCCUUUCCAACUUGAAACUUUGAAACUUGACAAUAUUUAUUUAACCAUCCGACAUCAGUCGUCAACUAACGCGCGCGGCUAAAUCCCAAUAUCUUCGUACAGUCUGACAAGAUUCAUGAUGACAGACCCGGCCUUCAAAAGGUUAAAGGUGAUUACAGUAGGGGGACACUCCUCCUUUCGGGUAAAUUUGGGUCCGCUCGGCUCAGCAUUGCUCCGAACUCCGAGCAAUUAUCGGGGUAGGCACAACUUGACGUCCCUUUGCGUGCACGACCACAGAUAAGAUAAUGACGACUUGAAUUUUGACAACCCUAAAUAGCCGAAAGGGAUAGUGCCAUACAUUAGAAAGGGACAGCAGGAUUCGACCCUGAAUCGUUGUCAAACUUCGGUUUUGUAGGAAAUGUCCUUUCUGAACGGUAGAACUAAUAACUUAUUCUGUGGUGAAUAUCAAUAGUGAAACGGUUUACUCCAUUCUGAAUCGAACUACAUAAAUAAAAACUGUCAGGAAAUGUGUUUCCAAAUCUUGGUAAAACAGUCAUAUUAUAGCAUAAAAUAUUUUUGAAUAGUUGAUUUUAAUUUAGUAAAAAGAACAAUAA